AUGCAUAUAAAAUAUCGAUCGAGCCAGAAACCCGAAAAAAAAGUAGUUAUUGUCGUAUCACGAUUACUAUCACGCACAUCGCCCACACAUUCGGUAUUCCAACAACAAAAACAAAAUAAACCCAAAAGAAAAUUUUUUAAACAUCUUCGAAAACCGCCAUCUUUCGAUACUUAUUUGCUACGUCGUUCCGAUUCCACAACUUCAUGUGACAGCAACAUUUCAACGUCAAAUAAUAUUUUAAAUGGAUCAGGAGAGUUUUUGCCAUACACAAAAAAUCCGCGUGCUAGUUUUGGAAAUAGUCGACGUGAUUCGUCGUCAUCUUUAUCUUCCUUUUCUUCUAUAUCUUCCUCCUCUUCGAAUUUUCUUAAAUUUUCUAGUAUUUUAGAGACAUCGUCGACUCAUACCGAUGAAUAUGAUGAUGACUGCGAUUCUUGUGCUGAGAAUAGUGAAGAAGAAGAAUUUCUUUUUAUGAGUGCAUUUGAUUCUUCACAAACAGAGUAUCGAUCCAGUCAUAGCAGUUACUGA